AACAUCAACAACAACAACCACAACUACUACUUCAUCAUCAACAUCAUCCACGUCGUCAACAACAUCAGCAACAACAACAACAACCGCUACAACAACAAACACACCAAUACCCUCUCCUCAAUGUUUCAAUUACACACUGAUCAAUGAUACGACAAGAAGCCCAAAUUUCACCGGUAGUGCUACCUGCGAUCAAUCUUUAUUUAGUUCCGGUGCAAUGUGGGUUCGUUUUGUUGGUUUAGGUGGUACACAAAUACCGACAAGCCCAGUUGGACCUAGUCGAUGUGGUACCGACGCAACAGGCUGGUAUACAGGACAAAUGCCCACUAGUCUGAAUUCAACUAGCAACGGAACUGUAUGCUUCACAUGGGGAUCUGGCAAUUGCACUUACAGCAAUAGUAUUAGUGUGACCAAUUGUGGAUCUUAUUACGUUUAUCAAUUAUGUGCACCUUCGGGCUGCAGUUUACGCUAUUGUACUGUGAUAACAAAUACAACAACAGCGCCCGUACAAGCACCGACUACGACAUCAACAACCACAUCAACAUCCACUUCAUCAUCUACAUCGUCAACAACAUCAACCACUUCGUCAUCAACAUCAUCAACAUCAUCAACAUCAACAACAACAUCAACCACGUCAUCAUCAACAUCAUCCUCAUCGUCAACAACAACGUCAACAACACCUGGUACAGCUCGAGUUCAGACUAGUGCUCGUCGAAAUCGGGUCCAACCCGGACCCGGACCGGGCAUCGGGUCCGGGUCCGGGUCUACCGUAAUUUUUUUGAACGGGUCCGGGUCGGGUCCGGGUCCAAAAAAUAUUUAUUGGGCGGGUCCGGGUCCGGGUCCGGGUCCAAAAAAACGUGGACCCGAUGGGCUCUACCCCUCGGAGGCCUGCAAUACAUUUCUUAAUCAAACUACCUACUCAGCUGGUACUACUCCUGAAGGAGUAGCAGUCGUCGAUUUAAAUAGCGACAAUAAAUCCGAUAUUGUUGUUGCAAACUGGAAUUCGGCCAACGUCGGUGUUCUUCUCAACGCAGGCAAUGGCACCUUUAAUGUUCAAACUACUUACUCAGUUGGUAACAACCCAAUGUCAGUAGCAGUCGUUGAUGUGAAUAGCGACAAUAAACCUGAUAUUAUUUCUGCAAACGAGGGUUCGAGUACCGUCAGCGUUCUUCUCAACACAGGCAGCGGUACCUUUAAUACUCCAGCUACUUACUCGGUUGGUACUCAGCCAGCGUCAGUAGUAGUCGUCGAUGUAAACAGCGACAAUAAGCCCGAUAUUGUUGUUGCAAACUAUGGUUCGACCAGCGUCAGUGUUCUUCUUAACGCAGGCAGCGGUACCUUUAAUACUCAAGCUACUUACUCAGUUGGUACUAACCCAUACUCAGUAGCAGUCGUCGAUGUGAAUAGCGACAAUAAACCCGAUAUUGUUGUUGCAAACUAUGGUUCGAAUACCGUCGGUGUCCUUCUCAACCCAGGCACCGGUAUCUUUAAUGCUCAAGUUAUUUACGCAGUUGGUACUAAUCCAUAUUCAGUAGCAGUUGUCGAUGUGAAUAGUGAUAGUAAACCCGAUAUUGUUGUUGCAAACUCUGGUUCGAACACUACCAGCGUUCUUCUCAACACAGGCAAUGGCACCUUUAAUCUUCAAGUUACUUACGCAGUUGGCAGUGGUCCCGAAGCAGUUGCAGUUGUCGACGUGAAUAGCGAUAAUAAACCCGAUAUUGUUGUUGCAAACCAUGAUUCAAACACCGUCGGUGUUCUUCUCAACGCAGGUAAUGGCACCUUUCAUGCUCAAAUUACUUUCGCAGUUGGUACUGCUCCAUAUUCAAUAGCAGUCGUCGAUGUAAAUAGUGAUAAUAAACCCGAUAUUGUUGUUGCAAACUCUAAUUCGAACAACAUCGGCGUUCUCUUGCAUUGUUAA